UUGUUCAGUUUUACUCACUCUUAAAUCUUCUCCAGGUCGUUUUUGAUAACCAUUAACAUUAAUUAAUUUCACCAUGCCAGAGGCCUUCGAAUUUGUUGAUGUUUUAUCUUCAAUAAAAACACCCCAGUCUGUAAAUGACAAGAAACAACACAAAGAUGACCAAUUCAUUUCUCAUGGAUCCCAGGAAGAAAUUGAGAAAGUUUGUGAAGGGAUCAAACAAAAACAAGUCUUUACACCAGAAGAAUGUGAGAAAAUUGAACAUCAUAUUGAUAUAGUUGCCGAAAAUGCGGAACAGGGUCUCUAUAAAACACACACAGUAGACAGUGCACCACUGCGCAUGAAAUAUUUUUUUGGAGAGGGAUACACAUAUGGAACACAAAUGCGUCGUAAAGGUCCUGGACAGGAAAAGCUGUAUGAAAAAGGGGAAAUUGAUGCAAUACCAGACUGGAUAUAUAAACUUGUCGUGAAGCGACUGGAGGAUGAAAAAUUAAUUCCAAAAAAUUGGAUCACAUCCGCUGUCAUCAAUGAUUACCGUCCAGGAGGAUGUAUCGUUUCACACGUGGAUCCAAGGCACAUAUUUGAUAGACCUAUCGUAAGUGUCUCUUUCUACAGUAAAAGUGCUUUGUCUUUUGGAUGUCGAUUCUCUUUCAAACCCAUCAGAGUCUCCAAUCCUGUGGUAUGUUUGCCAAUGCAACGGGGAUGUGCUACAAGUAUAAGUGGGUAUGCAGCAGACAAAAUUACUCAUUGCAUUAGACCACAAGACGUGACAUCACGAAGAGCAGUGAUUAUAUUGCGCAGAACACUUGAAAAUGCUCCUAGAGUAGGAGAUCCAGAUCCUCCCCAUGAUUUAUCAUACUCUAACCAUUUUCUCAAUCAUUCUGACAACAGAAAAAGACAAAGGCUGUCAUUAGACUCAUCCACACAUCAUCAUAAUGGCAGAGAUAGACAUGGUCAUAAUGAUGCCGUUGAACCAGUUAAGAGACGAAGGAAAAGUGACUCUUAUUCAUCACAUCACAUGGAAAAGAAAAGGCUUUCUGUUUCGAACUCACAGGAUAAGGUCAAGAAGGAUGAUGGACACAAAGAUUCUUCAGAUUUGAAAACAAGUCAAAAUAUUAUUGCGAAAAAGGCAACAAGGAGACCUAAACCAUUUUUUCUAUAGUCUUGGAUGUUGUCAAUGUGUAUAAUACAAUUAACCAAUAUAUUGUAAUUUUUUCACCAGCAAUAAUUGUAAAAAGCAGGUUCCAGAAGUUAUAAAUUAUUCUGUAUAUGCUUAUGCGCAAGCAUUUUAUCUUUCAAUUUAAUCUCAUUUGAUUUUACUUCUAUUCACUUUCUUUUUGUGCAAGUUCUGUACAAUUUUCAAGUAAACUUUCAAAACAAUAAUACACUCAUAUAAAAUA